GGCGGCCGGCGGGCUCGGGCCUCACCUGGCGGCAUGGCCGAGCGGGGCCGGGGCGGCGCCGGGGGCAGAGUCCAGCGCGGGCGGGCGGCGGCGGCAGGAGCCCGUUGCAGGCGCGGAAGAUGCCGCUGGGGCUGAGGAGCAAGAAGAAGGAGAGGCCCAAGGAGACCCACAAGCUGGUGGAGAGCGAGGCGGCGGCCCCGGUCCCGGUCCCGGUCCCCGCGGCGGCGGCCCCGGCGCGGCUGCAGUUCCACACGCAGCUGGCGCACGGCAGCCCCACGGGCCGCGUGGAGGGCUUCGGCAGCGCCCGCGAGCUCUACGCCAAGAUCGGCGCCGCCUUCCGCAUCGACCCCGCCGAGAUCAUGUUUUGCACUUUGAACACUCACAAAGCUGAUAUGGACAAACUCUUAGGUGCACAAAUUGGCCUCGAAGAUUUCAUAUUUGCCCAUGUAAAAGGACAACGAAAAGAAGUAGAAGUUAUUAAAACUGAUGACGUGCUUGGGCUGACCAUUACAGACAAUGGAACUGGCUGUGCAUUUAUAAAGCGAAUCAAAGAAGGUAGCCUUAUGGACCAAAUGAAAACUAUCUGCGUGGGAGAUCACAUAGAAACUAUAAAUGGAAAAAAUGUGUCAGAUUGUCGGCAUUAUGAAGUUGCCAAAAUGCUAAAAGAUCUGGAGAAAGGUCAGAUGUUUAAGCUGCAGUUGAUAGAGCCCAUGAAAGCAUUUGAAAAGCUGGAACCAAGGUCCAAAGCUGGAAGUCUGCCAGAGGCUAAAAUCUCCAGAGGGAGAGAAACACUUCGGCUGAGAACCAAAGGCCCUGCUACUGUGGAGGAAAUGCCAACUGAAGUUGAAGAAAAAGCAAUUAAAAAAGUGGAUGAGCUUCUUGAAACGUACAUGGGGAUAAGAGAUAUUGAAUUAGCUGCAACAAUGGUGGAAGCUGGGAGAGACAAGAAAAAUCCAGAUGAAUUUGCAGUGGCAUUGGAUGAAACUCUUGGAGACUUUGCAUUUCCAGAUGAAUUUGUCUUUGAUGUAUGGGGAGCAAUAGGUGAUGCUAAGCAAGGACGACUGGAAUGAGGAUUGUGCAGUUAAAAAAUACAAAAUGAUUUUCAAAUGCGUACAUCAGAAUUUUAAUACUUUUAUUGAUAGGAAUCUAGGGUGCUCUGUAUAAGUAUUCUUAUCUAGACUUUUUUUUUUUUGCAAAGGAAGGUUUCUAAUAGAAAUAUGAAGAUGAAGGUAAACCCAAAGUUCUGACAACUGCAUAUUUAAAACAAACAUUUAAUUUACAUAUAGAAAUCACUGUGAGGAGUGUGUCAAGGAGAUAUAUUUAUACAGAUUUUAUGAAAUUUAGAUAUUUUUUAUUGUACGUACACUUUGAUAUCAAUAGUCUGAAGAGUGUUAGACAUAUGUAACCAAGAGUUUGGAUUAUUUUAUCUCUUCUUCAGAAAGGUUUAUAAACUUGUUGAAAAACUACCUAGCUACCCAUUGCAGUUCCCUGGUCUUCUAUUGUCCUUUAUGUAUUCAUGUGUGUACACAAAGAGCUGUAGAAAACCUUUCUUACAGUUUGGCCGGGACAUAGUCUUCUUUGUAGACAGAGCUGGGAAGAAGCUACCCUUUUUCUCAAGAACCUGAGUUCAGGAAAAAACAUAUUCCUCAGAAACAUGAGAACUCUUUGAAUGAAAAAUACUUGCUUUCAUUUGAGUCAUGGGUAUUACUGAAAUGAGUAAGUACAGCAGAAACACUUAAACCAGGAAGCUGCUGCUUUAUUCAGAUGCCAUAUUAUUGCAGUAGGAACUGCAUAGAAAGAAACAAAUGUUAAUUUUGACUACUGGUCAUGUAUUUGAAUAAUAUUUGUGAUCUGGCACUGGAGACUAGUGUAUGACUAAGUGCUUAAUUGAUCUUUGCAUAUGCUAAAUGAUUUGCUGAGGUCCUAUGGAGUUCCCCUCUUGUCUGCUUUUUUGGGUUUUUCUUUUUGGUUGGUUGGUUGGUUGGGGUUUUUUUUUACAUGGCAACAUAGGAGAAACAUUGAAGGUGUUCAGACCUGGAAGAUACUAUUGUAAAGUCGCAAUCACAGUUUGAUUGAAAAUGUAUGCCUAAAGCCUGAAAUAAUAGAUUAAAAUAAUUUUAGGCGUUAAGGAUUUCCAAUUAUAUCAUACAUAAACAUAGUUUAUAACUGAUAGUAUUUUACUAAUAAAUCUCAGAUAAUUGAAAAUGAAAUUAAACAAGAAUGUGGGACCUCACCUGGGAAGGUGUCAUAGUUUUUUAGAUUUUUAUAUUUGCAUAAGCAUAUAAAAUAAUAGGUAUUAGAAAAGUUUUUUCUGUAUCUACUGUGUAGUUACUUUUCUUCUGAGGUUAAUGUCUUUAACUGUCUUGCAGAGAUCUCUUUAAAAUAAAGACUAUGCCAGUAAUUUUA